AUGACAAACCUCCAGUUUUGGGGUCUUCUUUUCACUUCUUCCUUCCAGAUACGUCACGAUGGAUCAAACAGUUACCGCUUGAUGCAGCUAGGAUGCCUGGAGUCCGUGGCCAACUCCACCGUCGCCUACUCCUCCUCGUCUCCGCUCACGUACUCUACAACGGGCACCGAGUUCGCCUCCCCGUACUUCUCCACUAAUCACCAGUACACCCCUCUGCACCACCAGUCCUUCCACUACGAGUUCCAGCACAGCCACCCGGCCGUCACCCCUGACGCCUAUUCCCUCAACUCUCUGCAUCACUCGCAGCAGUACUACCAGCAGAUCCACCACGGGGAACCCACCGACUUCAUCAACCUGCACAAUGCGCGGGCGCUCAAGUCCUCCUGCCUGGACGAGCAGCGCAGAGAGCUGGGCUGCUUAGACGCUUAUCGCCGCCACGACCUGUCUCUUAUGAGCCAUGGCUCCCAGUAUGGGAUGCAUCCAGAUCAAAGACUCCUGCCAGGACCGAGCCUCGGGCUUGCAGCCUCGGGAGCGGACGAUUUGCAGAGUUCAGUGGAGGCCCAGUGUGGACUUGUGCUGAACGGUCAAGGAGGUGUGAUAAGAAGAGGCGGUACCUGCGUUGUUAAUCCUACUGACCUGUUCUGCUCUGUACCUGGUCGCUUAUCUCUACUCAGCUCCACUUCUAAAUACAAAGUGACCAUUGCAGAGGUGAAGAGGCGUCUUUCACCACCAGAAUGCCUCAAUGCUUCUCUCUUAGGAGGUAUUUUGAGAAGAGCAAAAUCCAAGAAUGGAGGACGCUGCUUGCGAGAAAAAUUAGAUAGACUGGGACUGAAUUUGCCUGCAGGAAGACGAAAAGCAGCAAAUGUCACACUUCUGACUUCUUUGGUAGAAGGGGAAGCAUUGCAUUUGGCCAGAGAUUUCGGCUACACCUGUGAAACAGAGUUUCCUGCCAAGGCAGUAGGAGAGCACAUUGCCAGACAGCACAUGGAACAGAAAGAGCAGACAGCAAGGAAAAAGAUGAUCCUAGCAACAAAACAAAUAUGUAAAGAAUUCCAAGAUCUUCUGAGUCAAGAUAGAUCACCCCUCGGAUCCUCCAGACCAACUCCAAUAUUAGACCUCGACAUCCAGAGACAUUUAACACAUUUCAGUUUGAUCACUCAUGGUUUUGGAACUCCUGCAAUAUGUGCUGCCCUAAGCACUUUCCAAACUGUUCUCAGUGAAAUGCUGAACUACUUGGAAAAGCACACAUCGCACAAAAACGGAGGAGCGGCGGAAUCCGGCCAAGGACACGCCAACUCGGAGAAAGCCCCCCUGCGGAAAACUUCAGAGGCUGCUGUGAAAGAGGGCAAAACAGAAAAGACAGACUAGCUACAUCAAACAGAAUCUAUUUCAAGAGAGUCUUGCUGCUGAUAUUUUUUUUAAAUAUAUAUAUCAUUGAGGGUGAUUU